AAAAAUACUUUUGAUUCAAUCCACUUCACGCUGCGCGAAUUCUUCACGCCGUCGGUCCCCUCUCCCAGCUCCGUUGCCGUCGCCUGCUCGGCCAUCCGACUACCCUUCCUUCCGCACCUCCUCUUUCGCGGAGGACGCUCACCGCUGUUCGCUCCGCUAAGUUCAACGGCUACUCCUCCACCAUUGGUAUCCCCGCCGCUCGGAGCAUAUCGAAAGCUUGCUUGGAACAAUCAUCCAGAUGUGAACAAGUCAUGAUGCACCAUUGGUUUUUAUUGGCUUCUAGCCUUAUACUACUCUCUUUCUCUUUGUAUAUUUAUUAUUUAUAAGUGGCUUUGGUGUUCAUGUUCAAAUUAGCAUUUCUUUUACUUGUUCGUAUUUUCUGGUACCUCAGGUUAAUUCGAUUUCUGUCCACCGAUUAAUUGGGGGUAGUGGUUUUUGAGCAGCGUAAAAGCAAUCACAAAUCCAUUAAUGACUAUGAACCUCAGGUUCAUUUGAUUUCUGUCCACCAACUAUAAGUUGAUUAAAUUAGUCAUUGAUUGCUUGAACAAUGCCCCAAUUUGUCUUCCUUUCUUAAGGUUUGAAUUUUGAUGAGGUUUGAUCUGAUCUUAGUAGUCUGACAGUUAUUUUUUUUUGCUAUAUAUGAUUUCUAUUGAUUGGUUAUCAAAUUUUUUUAAGACCACAUAGCUCUAUGAUAGAAGUAAAUAGAAAUAGUGGCAACUUACUGAAUUAGAUCUGAAUGGGCAUUGUAUAUAUUUGUUUUAUCUCUAUUUUGAUAUUAUAUAAAUCUAGAGAACUGAUUGUGUGGCUGUUGCAUAUGAUAUGAUAUUCAGUUCUUGAUCAGUAGCACGUGGAGAAUUGGGGAUAUGAUGUUAAUCAUGUUAGUUAUUUUAAUGUUGGUGGAUUAUUUGAAUAUGUAGGUUAUGGUUUGGUGAUCAAAUUCAAUGCAAUUCUUCAUUCAUGCUGUGUUCAAUCAGGAACCGUUGUUUUAGGGAAAACAUUACACAAAGAUAACAUUAAAAAUAUUAUAUUUACACAUAAAUAACUAAUCUUAUAGGAAUUUACAAAAAUCUGCUUUAGUUUUCAUAAAUUGGGCAGAAAAAUAGAAACUACAUUUACAAAUAGAAUUUUGCACUAAUCUCAGUUCUCAUGUUUAGUUAAUAGUUUUCAUAAAUUAGGCAGAAAAAUAGAAAUUACUGUUAGAAAUAGAAUUUUGCACCAAUCUCAGUUCUAUUUAGUUAAAUCUUUUUUCUGGCCUCUAAUUCAGGUGAAGAAAUUAAGCCUCUGUUUUCCUAUAUUUAGAUGCUAAUAAGACGAUAUAUAUGUUGCUCACGUUGAGUUGGCAUUGUUUGUUUUAUUAUGUGGAAUUCAGGUAAGGGGGAAAGUCUUGACUUGAUUCGAUAUAUUGAUCAAAACAUCGAAGGGCCUUCGCUUUUUCCUAAUGGUCCAACCAAGGGGGAGUUCGGAGAGAAGUUGCUGUCAGUAACGGGCUCCUUCCACAAAGAUGUGACUACUUCAUUAAAAGAAAACCGAAUAGAUGAAGCUGGUGCUGCUUUUGAUGAGAUUGACAGUGUUCUAUCGAACUUCGAUGAUGGGCUAUUUUUUCUUGGCCAGCUCAGUUUGGGGCCUUACUACUGCGUUGCUGGAGCAGAUAAGUCGGUUGGACGCGACCUAUCCGAUGCUCAUUUAUUUAUAUGGGAGCUAGCUAAUCUAUUCUUGAUCGUUUGAUGGUUCAUAGUGACUGGAACGAGAGCAGGAUGUCACACCAAUUACAGGCAUUGUUUGGCUAAUGCUAUAGUUAAAUUUUUAGUUAAUUACUUAUGCAAGAGUGUGUUUGUUUUUUUUGGACUUUAGCACCCUGAGCAUGAGAGAGUAAGAUGGUUUCGAAGUGAUCAAGAAGGUGAUUUUGAACCUCUCUCUUUGCCACAAGGAUCACAUCAGUGCAUACGAAUAAGGGAACGAGCGAAGGCUGAAAGGAAAGCACGAGACUACCAGCAUCGACAUCUUCUCAUGGGAGGAGGCUCAAAGAUGAACAGAUAAUUUUGAUUCAAGAUUUGGGAAAGGAAAGAGACGAAGUUCAUGAGACUAGGAAAGGAACAAGAUUGUAGACGAUAAAUUUGCCAAAAACAAUCCCACCACUAUUUUGCAUACUGAGAAGCUACAUGCUCAGUUAUUUUGUUAUUAACUAAGUUUUAGAAUUUGCACUAAUGUUCAAUAUUAUUAAACGUUGAUGUUUUGAGAAA